CUCUCGUCUCUUCCGGGUUUUUGCCGCUGCAGCCUCAGCUGUUUCAGAGUCAGCUCCUCUGCAAAAAAAAAACAAAAAAACGAGGAGCCUACCGACGCCAAACCGAGCCCAGCUCCUGUUUUAUAACUGACCGCAGUUCAGCGGGUCGGCAUCCGGGAUCCUCUUGUGACAGUCAGCUGAUCGCGGCCAGUGUAUGCCACAAGCCCUGUCCUACGCUGUCUGACGACGAGAGACCCGUUCGUAGUUGUAUUAAACUGGCAGAAAUGGCCACAAAUCCGCCCAAGUUAAAGACUGCGAUUAGUGCAAAUGAAAGGCUGCAAAACUUGAAGAAUACUUUUGAAACAAAGUAUGGAGAAUCCCCUCUCUUCUAUGCAUGUGCACCGGGAAGGGUGAAUCUAAUAGGGGAGCACAUCGAUUACUGCGGCUAUUCUGUGCUUCCAAUGGCUAUUGAACAGAAUAUCCUCGCAGCUGUGUCGGUGAACAAUUCAGGGACGAUCCAGCUGGCCAACACAAAUCCUCAAUACAAGGAUUUCACUGUGUCAUGUUCAGAGGACAUUGCCAUAGACAGAGACAAUCCAAAGUGGCAUUUUUAUUUUCUCUGUGGAGUUAAAGGUAUUCAGGAGAAGUUUGGCAUCGCUCCUUUGUCAGGGAUGUCGUGUGUUGUUGAUGGAACCAUUCCUCCGAGCUCGGGUCUGUCCAGUUCUAGUGCCUUAGUUUGCUGUGCCGGGCUUGUAACAAUGGAGGCAAAUCAGAAGUCCCUGUCCAAGGUGGCUCUUGCUGAGAUAUGUGCCAAAUGUGAGUGCUACAUUGGCACAGAGGGAGGUGGCAUGGACCAGUCCAUCUCAUUCCUGGCAGAGAGCGGAACUGCGAAGCUGAUAGAGUUUCAGCCUCUGCGGGCCACUGAUGUUAAGCUCCCCGAUGGGGCCGUGUUUGUGAUCUCCAAUUGCUGCGUAGAGAUGAACAAAGCCGCUUCUUCUCACUUCAAUAUCCGCGUGGUGGAGUGUCGAAUCGCCACAAAGAUGCUGGCCCGGGCGAGGGGGCUGGACUCCAGCCGGCCGUUGAAGCUGGCCGAGGUUCAGACGGCGCUGAAGGCCUCCCUGGAGGAGAUGCUGGCUCUGGUGGACGAGGUGUUGCAUCCUGAGCCGUACAGCCGAGAGGAGGUCUGCAAGGUGCUGGGAGUCACCUCCGAGCAGUUUUCCACGGAGCUGUUGAGCACUAACACUCAGCACGUGACGCACUUUAAGCUGCACCAGCGAGCCAAGCACGUGUACGGUGAAGCUGCGCGGGUGCUGCAGUUUAAGACCGUGUGUGACUCUGAGACUGCUGCGUCCAUACAGCUACUGGGAGACCUGAUGAACCAGAGCCAUGCAAGCUGCAGGGACCUGUAUGAGUGCAGCUGCCCUGCGCUGGACCAACUGGUGGACAUCUGUCGGAUGUCUGGGGCUGUGGGCUCCCGGCUGACCGGAGCUGGUUGGGGCGGCUGUGCCGUCUCCAUGGUACCCAGUGAGAAGGUGGAGUACUUCUUACAAGCUGUUAGAGAGGCCUACUACCUGCCUGAUCCGCGCAGAGCAGCCAUGGAAAAGCAAAGUUUGUUUGUAUCGAAGCCUGGUGGAGGAGCUGCAGUUUUCCUCGAGGAGUGAAAUGGAUCACACUAACGCAAAGGUGUUUAUACAGUUAUGAUUCAGUGUCAGAUACACUGCUGCAGGGAAUUGUUUCUUUGUUUUUUUUUACAUUUUCUUACACUUGAAGAAGAAGGCACUUGCGAAUGUCAAGACAAUACGAAAUGUAAACUUAAUUUGUUGUUUCAUUUGACAGCUUUACGGAUUAUUCUGGAAUACAAGGGGCCAACAAUUUAUUGCACGGGUGCAUUAUUUUUUAAACAGGGAAUAUGCUUUUUGUGUUAAAACAUGUUUGUUUUUUUUCUGUGAUCAAUAAGGGCUAAAAUCAUGUGGAAUUAAAUAUGAUGAAUAUUUUCAGGUUUUACAUGUGCAUGAUUGGAGCUGCGUCACUUAGACAUGUUUCUUCUGGCUGUUACAGUGUGUUAGGUUUGUGUUGGGUAAAGGUGUGUGAGCCACAGAGAGACCUGAUUAUAGGAUCACACGCUGGCCUUGAGCUUCUGCACAGGAUCAAUUCUGUCUUCAUUAGAGAGCAGUGAUGGUGAAGGCUGGGCGGUCUAAGGCACAUGCUCCUGUUCUGUAUUGAAUGUGACUCCAGCAUUCUGCAAUUUAACUCUGUUCAGGCACCUUCAUCACUUCGCAUCUCACCCGGCCUCUCUCUUUCACUCGUUAUUGUCAAAUAUCUACUCAAAAUUUGAGAGAUAAGAGAGAGGGUAUAAUUGUUGGUGGCCUAAAUACUUGAAUUUUUUCAAGAUAACUUCCACUGUAUUUUAUGUUUUACUCAUUUUUUUUAUUUUGAGAAGUAGCCUAAGAACCAAACUGAAAUGAAAAUCAUGUUUGGAGUUCGAUAAGGAUCAUUCAAAUGUUGUACAAUGUUUAAAAUGAGGAGAAAAUCAUUGUUUUAUAGAGGAUGUCAGAUUCAAGCCAUGCAUUCCAGUUUCACACAUUUCUUUGAGUAAACUCAAGUCAAAGAACCAUCAAACAUCAAAUAAAAAAAAGAUGGAUUAUCCUUAACAGGAAUCAUACAAGGCACAGCACAGGGAAAUCAAAUCUCAGAAUGAUUCUUGACAAUCCUUGUCCACAAAUGCUCUGAGCAUUACGAAUCCCAUAUUUGAGGUUCCAGUUUGUUUAAUGGCAUAUACACUGACAAAAUACAGAGUCAGUCAAAAUGUAAUCAGAGAUUUAGAUCAGUAAUUAAGUUGUGCUUAUCAUCAUAGUCAGCAGCUUUACAUAAGUAUUUACACAAACACUUAUAUUAACGCUCUAUUUUAGCAAUUUGUAUGUAGGUUGAGAUGAACGUUUCAACGCAUAGGCUUUACAGACUUAAAUCUAGUAAUAAACAAAGGUUUUUACUGUGGCUCUGAGCUACUUUUACCUUUGCUUUUGUCAUUUCUGUAUUAAAUCUUAGUUUGUUCGUGACAGCUAAAGGUUUCUCUCGAGGUGCUGAGAUGUGCCAGCCAUUUUUAUUAAUCAUACAAGGACAUGCCUUUAAGAUAAUAUUGAAUAAUGCACCAACUGCUUAAAGAUCAAAUUGGAUCAGUUAAUGCAGGACGACAAAUAUUUUCUUAAACUCUGGCAACACAUGCAUAAUAUUGUCGUAUUAUAUACCCGCUGAUGUCAAGCGAAGAGUCUGCGAAUUGAACAUAUGUUCUGUAUGAUACAGGUUAAAAAGUUGUCCAUUAUCUGUUUUCAACUAUCUGGCUUUUUUAGAAAAGGUUCAUCUAAAUAAUUAUGUUUUAACUGGCCUAUAACAUUCAACAGAGUCCGCAUGAAUCUCACUAAUAGAAAAUGAGGUACGUCUGUUGUUGCUGAAUUUGUGUAUAAAUUCACCCAAAUGAAGGACACUUCAUUGUGUGCUUGGUCUCUGGGAUCCAUGCAUAUGGUCCGUGUAGUGUAAAUAGUAUCUGUUAGAGGUCGAGCUCAGUCUGUGUGCUGUUGCUUUGGAGUCCGCAUUGCUCUGUCAGUGCUUUCUUGUGCUCCUGCACUUUCAUCAGACAUGCAAGAGACUUCGUUCUUUCUCUUCAGCAUAUUUUCUACCCAGUUGGAGCCGCGCGGCGUUCUUUGAGGGGAGCGAGCAGAAGACACUGUGCUCGCCCUCAUGUUUUUGCCUGACGUGAUCAGCUCCCCGUAUCCCUGUUGGUGGGAGAAGGCAUAGGCAGAGCGACGGGAGCUGGUCCUCCGUACUCGCCUCAGGUUCUGCUCCUGAGGCCUUUGCCUCUUUCUGGACUGUUGCAGGUGACGAACCUGUCGAAAUACAGCAGUGGUGGAAGUUCUUACAGUAGGUCCUUUACUUAUGUAAAAUUACUGAUACCACACUGUAAGAAUAUUCCAUUACAAGUAUAUGCAAGUACUUAAAGUAUCAAAAGUAAAUUACUCAUUCGGAGGAAAAAUGGCCCCUGUGACUAACAUAUUAUGACAUAUGAUAUCACAUCGUUAAUAAAGAUACAACAGUGUGUAAGUAGCAUUUUACUGUUGUAGCUGGCCGAGGUGGAGCUAGAUUUUCUAUAUACUGUUUGGUGAGUACAGGCCAUCGCAAAAGUACCACAA